AUGGAGCCGCAAGAGCAAAAAAUUGAUAUUAAACCACUUAUUUCCACCCGCAACUUUUUAGCGGAAAUUCUCCAAAAUGCCCGUAAUGAUUACGAAAAAGCCGGAGUUAUUCAAGCUUUUGAGGUGUGCUAUGAGUUAGCCAAGAAUACUAUCCGUAAAGUAUUGUUACUUCGUGCUCAGCCAGUUUACGCUACCCCUAAAGAAAUCUUUCGUUUAGCUGGAUUAGAAGUAGCCGAAGAAAUACUUAGUUCUUUGCCUAAUUUUCUUCAUUGCCUUGAUUUAUUAAUCACUAAAUUGAAAGGAAUACCAGAAUGUUACACAAAAGGCACCGCAAGAAAACUUUCCGAUUUAGAUAUUUGCUAUCAAGAGGUAAUAUCAGAUGCGACGGCUUUUCUUAUUGAAGAAGAAUUUAAAGAGAGUGAUUUACCUUUUAGAGUAGAUUUAGUAGCUUGA